ACGUGUGCUAAGUAAAUGUGGUAAGCACAUGUUUGUAGGGGCUGGUAUUAAUUUUACAGUCGUACCCAGCAGGGCUGCAGAAUGCUCGCUCCCACGCCACGAUGGAGGGAGUUUGCAAAAUAAAAUGUCACAAACUGAAAAAGGAGAUACCGGACCAGACAAUGAGAUCUCCGUGGAAAAUACUGCAGUGAAAGGAGAAAAAUCUUCCGAAAAUCAGCACGCUAGAACUAAAGUAGAGAUUCAGCUGGCAGCAGCCUAUGUUUCAGAUGCUCAGUACAACAGGAACAUUCUCUUUGACAGAUCGCCAGAGGGCAUCAGGCUGUAUAGACUGUACAACCACUGGGGCUUGCUUUCAAUUACUUACAUUUUUAUUGUUGUGGAUCUUGCACUUGCUAUAUUUGAAGAGCCAGCAGUUGUUCCUUUGCCUAUAUGGGCUACAUCAUUGGUAGAGUUCCUGUGUCUUUUGGCCUUUACAGGGCGUCUGAUACACUUUGCAAAAGUUAUUCCCCGAAAGUCUUUCUGGAAAGAUGCAAAAAACCUUUGCAUCAUAGUCACGAUUUUACUUACACUAGUGGAUAUGAUUAUUUACGGGUCACUUAAAGUGACAGGGUAUUAUGGGGUCCGAUGGUCUCGAGUAUUACGGCCUCUCUUCUUGGUCAACAUCACUGAAAGUCGACAGGUACGAAGAGCAUUCCGGAGUAUUCGAAACACUUUGCCACAAAUCCUAUAUGUCUUUUUGCUAUUUAUUUUUAGUGUUCUCAUGUUCUCACUUAUGGCCCUGAAGUUGUUUGGAAAAAGAAACUAUUUAACAAUUGAAGGAAAGCCGUACUUUACGAACUACUUAGAAGUGGUCUUUAACCUGUACGUUUUAGUGACCACUGCCAACAGCCCUGAUGUCAUGAUGCCUGCUUAUGACAACAAUACAUGGUUCUCCAUCUUCUUCAUCCUGUAUAUUAUCAUUAACACGUACGUCUUCAUGUCUGUCUUCCUGGCCGUCAUCUACAAUAAUUACAAGAAACACCUCAAGGAAGAGGUGAAACAGCUGGUCAGUGUAAAGCGCCACAAGAUGGUGAAAGCCUUUAAAGUCCUGCAAGUGUGCGAGGGCACUGAGUACAUCGUCCGACAAUCCCACUGGAACCAGCUGGUGAAGACAGUCGAGCCGAGUAUCAGCAACGCCUACCGAGAGCUGCUAUGGAGUGUUUCAGAUGAUGAACAGAAAGGCUACAUAGGAAAAGUUGCCUUUGUCCAGUUGGCUGACCUUCUGAAUAUUCGGGUUAUUACAGUGAAGGCCCGGAUUCACCCAUUACAAACCUGGCUGCCAGGCCUGUACCAUUCAGCAGGGAGCAGGCUCAUACACAAAAUGGUUCAGCAUAAAGGGUUUGUUUAUGCAUACGACCUGAUUAUUCUGAUAAAUGCCGUGUUCAUUUGCCUGGAUGAAGAGAAUGCGAUCAUUGCCUACGCUGAAUGGGUGUUCCUGGGGCUGUAUCUGGUGGAGAUCUCCCUUAAGCUUUACACUUAUGAGCCCCGACUGUUUUUUGCAAAGCACCAGUUUUGGAACUGGUUUGACACAAUCAUCAUAAUUGCAGCCCUGGUUGCUACUAUAGUGACCUCUAUACUGAGAUCAUCUGGAGGUUACAAUAGUCAACAGGUACUUGAUAUUGUCUUUAUCUUAAGAGUCCUGAGGCUUAUUCGAAUUGUUGACAGCAUCAAAAGGUUCCGUUCUAUUAUCAAUACUCUGAUAAACAUUGGAUCCACAAUGCUUACUUUCGGACAACUUGUUGUAGUGGUGUAUUAUAUAUUUGCUAUCAUAGGGAUGGAAAUAUUCAAGUACAAAAUAAAAUCUUAUAGCCCAGAUUCAACUGACCCUGAAAGUGAAUUUUGUGGAAAUAUUCUAUUGAAAGACUCCAAGUUUGCGAACUAUAAAUACUGCAAGAAUAACUUUAACAACAUUGUGUCUUCAUUCAUCGUCCUGUUGGAGUUGACUGUUGUCAACCAGUGGCAUGUUCUGGCCAGUGGCUUUACAAAGGUAACCCAUAUUACUGCAAUAUUGUAUUUCAUCAUUUUUCAUAUUGUGGUGGUCAUCAUUAUCCUCAACAUUUUUAUAGCCUUCAUACUGGAAGCUUUCUUUGUGGAAUAUACAGUAGAAAAGAGUAAUGUACAGACUUCAAUUGAAAAGAAAAUCCAAGAACUUCAAUUAGGGGUCCAGGAGGACCAGCAGGAAGGAACCUUGUGCAAUGACAUGGAAACGCCCGACAAUGACCUUGGGUCUACAGAAAACACGAAGGUGAAACCUACUCUGAUGUUUGAGAUAGCUUCAAAAAGAUACAGGACCGCUGAUGCCCUGCUGCAGCGUAUAUUUCAGGCAGACCUCAGCCCGGAUGACGAGGGAUCCCCUAUGGACGAGUCUGAUGAAGACUCUUUACCAGCUGACUUCAAUUUCCAAAACCCAGCCUUUGACAGUGUGUGACAAAAAAAUAAAUAAACAGAAAAGGGAAUAUUAUUAUUAUUAUUAUUAUUAUUAUUAUUAUUAUAUGAAACCAUCCAGGUCUUAAUAUAGAGCAUUGUGCAUUUUUAUUACUUACCAUUACUUUUGAUAUUUUAGAAGAAAGUUAACAGUUCUCCAAAAACAGCCAGCACAGAAGCUGAAUUUAUUCCGCAGUCAUCUUAGGUAGCUGGAAGGUGACCCAGAGCAUGCCUAUCUGUAGCCUGCAUGCGUCUAACAGGUGUUCUGUCAUAUACUGCCUUUGAUGAUAUUAUUGCAUUUCUACAUUUUUGGCACACAUAUGUGGUAAUAUGUUAUCAGCUUGAAACCUGAUUCAAAGCAGCACUAACACAUCAAUGUGUUGACGCCAAGAAGGUGUGCAUCGUUUUCCAGUAGCCUGAAGAAAUUCUCUGCCAAUUCAGAAUUCUUGCUAUUGCCAGAGAACACUAACACAAUUAGAAACCAGUUGUAUUUGAAAGCAAAAUUACAAUGAUACCACUGACCUCAACAAGUAGUAGCGGAAAGCCAUUAUUGUGUUUUUUUUUUUUUUUAAUGCAUGAUGUUCAAUUUAGUUUUAUUGUAAUUUGUCUUAUAAGAAUGAAUUCCAUAUGGCUCAAAGCUUUAUCUUCUUUGAAUACUCUUCUUCCAAAUAGCAGUUGUUAAAUCUGUGUCAAUAUAUUUUCACUGAAAGAGGCGUCAUUUAAAAGAAAGAUUUAAUAUUUAGAUCAUAUGCGUUCUACUAUAUAUAGUGUGUGAUAUAUAUAUAUAUAUAGAGAGAGAGAGAGAGAGAGAGAGAGAGAGAGAGUACAUUGUCAUAUAUGGUAAUGGUUUUAUAUACCAUAUAUACUUUUUUAUAUGCCAUAUAUUUUAAAGUGUUGUAAAAUUACAUAAAGAAAAUGUAUUAUGUAUUUAGUAAAAUGUGUUACACUACUGUACAGCGUGUUAUGUUUUCUACCAGUGGUAAAACAGAGAGAAGAAGUUUGAGGCCUGUAAGCAUUAGGGAGUUACUAGAUAGGCAGUUAAAUAAACGCUGCAUUUUUAAUCACCAAUAGCAACUUAGAUUGUUGUAGGUUUGAAUUAAUUUUACAUUGUGUGAGCACUGUGUGGUGAUUUACCUUCAUUCAUUCAUUCAUCGUAAAUUUAGUGUUUACAAGAACCGCACUAAUUUACCUUUGCAGUAUGCUGCGUUGUACCUAUCUCUUUGAAAACAUUUUCAGCAUAGUCUUCAGAGCGUCAUACUGUAUCCAGACCAUGCUCCCUCCAGCAACAAGGCAGCUGUUUUUCCCUGUUCCACCAUAGCCAGUCCGUUAAAGCAGAGCAGUGGGGUUGUUGUAGGACACAAAUCCUCUUUCUCAUAUUUGACGCUCCCUAAACUGGAGAAAUUUGGUUUAGUUCCACAUUGGAUUUAAGAUCCAUCUUGUGUGAGUAAAAAUACAAAAUAAAUUAGGAUUGUGUUGAAAAAUAUAUUGAUGCUAUACAUUGCAAAGGUAAAAUAAUCCUUUAAGUUUUAUAUGGCUGCUAAUAUAUCUACUCCUCAAGUAAUAUGUAACGACACCCUUACUUUGACCUGUGACCUAAGCUGGCUGCCAGAUUGGGUUAUGUAAUAUUUCUAGAUGAUAAAGACCAUUUUUAGUUAUUUUUUUCUGUGAUUCUCUUGGUCAAGUUUGAUCAUGGGUAUUGGCCAAGAAAAAUUCCUUACUAUAAACCUUUCAUGACAGUUAUUUUGUAUGGUCAGCUGUAACUGCUUAUUGUCAGCAGCCUUGUUUUUUUCCAAAAACUAAAGAUACAUUUUUCAGAUCAAGGACAAAUACAGUACAGUAAUAAAAUUAACAGCCACUUAAGUUGACAGUUAUACAGCACUGUAAUGGAUGGUGGGUUUAUGGACUUCACAAGCACAGCACUGUGAUGGGUAAGAGAUGAGUUAAGUCCAAGCAACCACUCCAGAUUGGGGAAGCAUAGGUCAAGGUAGGUCUCAUAAUUGCCAUGAUGAUCUUAAUUUUGCUUCUUAGUAGUUCUCGUCUUCAAGAGAAGGUACAAAGCUGCAAGUUUGUGGGACGCCUUCUGCAGUGUUUUUUCAAUAUGGUUCUAACAGCUGAGCUAUAUGUCUAUGGUGACACCCAGAUAGGCACUGCUCUUUUCCCACUGGAUUGCAUCAACACUGAGAGUUGUGGGUACUCCUUGGUGUGCCUCUUGGUGAAUAGUGUUGCCGUGGUCACUACCAUUCUGACAUACCAUUCCUAUCAAGUAAGAUCUGCAGGUUCUUGGCCACCAACUUCUCACUGAAAGACUGAGAUGAUUGCAACAUGAUCGGCAUAGAGUGCCAGCUCUGUCCCCGGUAAGUCAGUCGGCAUAUCGUUGGUAAAAAUAUUGAACAGGAAAGGCCCGAUGAUUGAUCCCUGUGGUAGUCCUGUGAGGAUGCAUCGUGGUGUACACCUUUCUUCCUGUACUGCAACAUGGAAAGUGCAGCCAGAAAAAUAACUGCUCACCAAGUUAACCAAGUAGUUUGGAAAGCUGAGGUUAAUCAUCUUGUGGAGAAGACCUGUAUGCCACACA